GAGCCGGGGCUCGCGCGCACCCGGGACUGAUCUGGGCAAAGAGGGUAGCACCUGCCCUCCAGCGACCCCGGCAGCCAGUUGCGGGAGGCAGCCUAGCACGCCCCACUCCCACCCCAGCAGUGCCCGAAGCGACUCCCCGAAGGCCCGGAGGUGCCCUCACCCCAAGGCUGCCCAGGCGGAUUGAACGCAUCGUCCCGAACCGGAGCUCGCGUCCGCCUCCCGCCUCCAGUCUCUCUGCUCCCCGUCCUUCCCAUGCACCCUGGAAUGCGAGCCCCCUUCAUUCUACUCCAGUAACCUUGACUAAAAGGGAAGACUUCAAACAUGUCGUCAGAAUUUUGGUUAAUUUCUGCCCCUGGAGAUAAGGAGAAUUUGCAGGCUCUGGAACGGAUGAACACAGUAACCUCCAAGUCUAAUCUGUCCCACAACACCAAAUUUGCCAUUCCGGACUUCAAGGUGGGGACCUUGGAUUCUCUUGUUGGUCUCUCAGAUGAGCUGGGGAAACUUGAUAGCUUCGCUGAAAGCCUUAUAAAGAAGAUGGCUCAGUGUGUAGUAGAAGUCAUGGAAGAUGCGAAGGGUAGAGUUCAUGAGAACCUAUUGGCCAAUGGAGUUGACUUAACUUCUUUUGUGACCCGCUUUGAAUGGGACAUGGCCAAGUAUCCUGCCAAGCAGCCGCUUGUGGUUGUAGUGGACACAUUAGCAAAGCAACUGGCACAAAUAGAAACAGACCUGAAAGCUCGAACGGCUGCCUACAAUACUCUGAAAGGAAACCUGGAGAAUCUGGAAAAGAAAUCCUCGGGAAAUCUCUUCACUCGAACAUUAGCUGAUAUUGUGAACAAAGAAGAUUUUGUGCUGGAUUCAGAGUAUCUCAUCACUCUCCUGGUGAUAGUUCCAAAGCCAAACUAUUCACAGUGGCAAAAAAGAUAUGAAUCUCUCUCAGACAUGGUGGUACCUCGAUCAACCAAACUGAUUGCUGAGGAUGACGAGGGAGGCCUCUUUACAGUCACGAUGUUUCGGAAGGUGAUCAAUGAUUUCAAAGCCAAAGCCAAAGAAAACAAGUUCAUUGUCCGUGAAUUUUUCUAUGAUGAAAAAGAAAUUAAAACUGAAAGGGAAGAGAUGACUAAAUUGCUGUCUGAAAAGAAGCAACAGUAUCAAACUUCACGUGUUGCUCUUAAAAAGAGAUCAUCUACCUUCCCGGAUCACAUGGUUAAGGUAACCCCGAUAGGGAACCCUGGUAGGCCCACUACGGGGCAGACGGAGAAAGAAAAAGAGAGUGAGGGCGAGGGUGAGGGUCCCCUUUUGCGCUGGCUCAAGGUGAACUUCAGUGAAGCUUUUAUUGCCUGGAUUCACCUAAAGGCUUUGAGAGUCUUUGUUGAAUCUGUGCUAAGGUAUGGACUACCUGUGAAUUUUCAGGCAGUGCUUUUACAACCCCACAAGAAGGCCACAAAACGUUUAAGAGAGGUUCUAAACUCAGUCUUCAAACACCUGGAUGAAGUAGCAGCAGCAAGUAUACUGGAUGCUUCUGUGGAUAUUCCUGGAUUACAACUAAAUAACCAAGAUUAUUUUCCUUAUGUCUACUUUCACAUUGACCUAAGUCUUCUUGACUAGCUUUUUUGAGUCUGGUAACCCUUAGUAACUCUAGAAAUAACCUUAUUUCAUGUCUUUAUGUAAUCAAAUUAAACUGUAGAUGCUGUCUUCUCUAAGUUAGAGAAUUUAGAAUGUUACAAAAAUUACUCACAAAAAUUAGUUAUGGUUGUAUUUAUUUUUUGUAUGUUACAAUAAAGAAAAGCUCCCAUAGUCUUUGAA